AUGGACACCUCCAAAGACAUUAACCCUUCAGACCUCUUCUCAGCUAAGGGUCUUACUGUGGUCAUCACAGGUGGAGGAAGUGGCAUCGGCCUCGCUUUUGCCGCGAGUCUCGCUCGCUCCGGAGCUGAAAAGGUGUACCUACUGGGACGUAGAGUCAAGAACCUCGAAGACGCCGCCAAAUCAAUCGACUCCAAGAUCAUGAGACCCGUCCAAUGCGAUAUCACCGACCCAUCAUCUAUCGAUGCUGCCGUCAAGCAAAUCGAGAAAGAGUCGUCUCACAUUGACGUCCUGAUCAACAAUGCUGGAGUAACCGGCCCGGACCACAAGGGCAUCGACAAAGUGGAGACUAUCCAAGAGAUGCAAGAGAUCAUGAAGAGAGAUUGGUCAGGCUGGGACACUUCAUUCAAAACAAACACGUCUGCCAUUGUGGCCGUCAGUGCUGCUUUCUUGCAUCUGCUUGACGCAGGAAACAAGAAGAGAGGCUGGGCUACAGGACGCAGAGAAGUACACGAGAGAGUUGAAGGCGCAGACUACGAUGCGAGCGACCUGAGAACAAGUCAGAUCAUCUCCGUCGCUAGUAUUGCUUCUUUCAACCGCUUCGUUACCGCCGGCCUGGCGUACUCCGCAACCAAAGCUGGUGCUGCUAUGCUGGGCAAGGCAUUGGCUACUCUGCUUGCACCUUUCGGCAUCAGAAGUAAUGUCAUCUGUCCUGGAAACUCAAGUUCAUUCCCUGUCACUCAAAUCCCUGCAAGCAGAUCCGGCUCGUAUGAGGACAUGGCCAGUAUGAUCCUAUUCCUCGUCGGCAAGUCUGGUGCCUACCACAACGGCAAUGUACAAAUCAUCGACGGUGGUCGCUUGAGCAUGAUGCCCUCAACAUACUAA